ACGGCGACGUUCCCAGCUCGGUCGCUCUGGAGAGGGUGAAAACAUUCAUUCUACUGAAGAUUUAUGGUCUCUGUAGUGGCAACAAGAGAAGCUACGAAUUCGUGGAAGCGUUCCAGGGUGACCUAACCAACGUAGGUCGCUGUUAGCAGAUUACACAAAUGUCACGCUUACCGAACGUAAAGGCCAUCACCGAGUACACCGAGGCGUACGCAAAUGAUGUCGAUGCCCAUAAUGAUGAACAAGCUGCACGACUGCUUGAGGCUUUGUAUAUCAUUGAUUGCUAUCGAGUGGUGAUGAUGAUGCGACCACCUACUCUAAUGUGGCACACCUUGACUCGACUGGCCGCGCAAGCACAACAGGGCAGUCGACUUACUUCGGUCAUUCGGAGCGCCGCAGCUCUUGUUGAUGGGACAGUAUUGCCGCGGCCAGCCAACGGAGAGGAUUGUAGUCUCGCAUCACUUGCCUCCCUAGCUCCGCAUCUCUGGACAGUCCUUUACCCACGGCGAAACCAACACAAGGGCGACACUGUGCUAGCAGAAGCGCUCCGUAUAGGCAAGCCAGAUUUUGUUGAGAUAGCAUGUGAGAAAUGGAUUCAGUCGGGCGUUGCUGUCCCUUCGACAGACAUGACGGCGCUUUUACUAUACCAUAUGAUUGGCAUCAAUCUCCACGCAAACCUCAGUACACUCCAAACGUUCGCCUAUCUAGGCACAGGUUCGGAAACGCACGGUCAUAGAGGCAGAAGCAUGGCUGAAGAGAUCCAUUGCUGGUUGGAGGAGCGUGACUAUGACGUUGCGCAUUGGCAUGCCGAGCAACUGACCACUAUCGUCGAAGCUAGCCUCACGCAUCCGAAGGCAGAUGCGUCACUGAGGUCGCGGUCGUCGCUGAGCUCCGGCAACACAGCAGAGCCACGAAAAGUCGUGUACGAAGCGCCGCACGUACCGUACGCCAUAUAUUACGCAACCUUGGUUCUGUACGUCAAGGGCGCAGCCAUGCGUGACCGGCUUUCGGCGCCGCUGGUCAGGGCUCCGCUUGUGCGAGGAGAAAGGCUUCUGUCUUUCCUCAAGGUGGCCGUGGCGCAGCCCUUAGCACGAAUGCUUUGUGACAUGAGCUGAUAGCGGGCGCCUGUUCCGGUUGGAGAGGCUGUUCGCUACAAUGCAAGGAGAUAAUGGUAUGCUUUCCAGUAACAACGUACAUUUACCGGAGACCCAGCCGCAAAGAUAUCGUCGGCAGCAGUUUCUGAGCCUACCUGUCUCCGAUUUAGUCUUAGUAUCACGGCGAGAGUUGUGC